GUAUAUAAGCCAUCCCAAAACUCCACUCCAACACGGAACAGCUCAGUCUCAAGUUUGCAAGCAACUCCGUCACAAGCUUUUCACAAAGGCAAAUUUGAUCCAUCAGAUACCUCAAACAUGGAGCUGUCCAUCUUUGUGAUGUUCAUUUCGAGUGUUAUCGCUACGGUCCCAGCUACUUCGGUUCUCUUGGAUGCUGGCCUGGAAGAAUUGCCUACAAUUGCACAGUCGAAGAAUUGGGUUGAUGAGGGCUAUGUUACCGGCAUAAAAAACCAGAAAAGAUGUGCCGCUUGCUGGGCCUUUACUGCAGUUGCCACAGUGGAAGGACAAGUAUACAAUAAUACAAACAAUCUUAUUGAACUCAGUGAGCAAAAUCUUGUUGACUGUGCCGUUAGUUAUCGAGGACGUGGAUGCUCUGGAGGAUGGGUGUACAGAGCAUAUAAUUACAUACGCGAUACAGGAAUUGAAAGUAGUAUUUCAUAUCCAUAUCAGGCAAAGCAAACGAAUUGCAGUCUUAACUCAUCAUCACCUGUCAGCCAAAUCUCUGACUACCGGAGAUUGAGGAACACAGAUGAGACAACAUUAAUGCAGUUGGUGGAAAGUCAUGGGCCUAUUUCUGUUGCUGUUCACAUGUCACGCAAAUUCUCGCAAUAUAAAGGCACAGAUAUCUUUGAUGAUCCUGCUUGUAACAAAACUGUAAAUCAUGCAGUGACAGUGGUUGGUUAUAUGAAUUCAUCUACUGAAAAAUAUUGGAUCAUUAAGAACAGCUGGGGAGAAACUUGGGGUGAUAACGGCUUCAUGAAGAUGAUCAUGGGCAAGAACAUGUGUAAAAUAACAUCCAUCGUCGACUACCCAAUAUAUUAAGUAUAUGCCGAUUUGAAUGAUAAAUCUGGCUCUCUAAAGAAAUAGAAUCUGACAGCUAUUAUAGAAUUGUGUGUAUUGCUCAAGUAGAAUUACAGGCUAAACUCUUCAGCAAGUGGGUGUUAAAACUUGGUGAUUGUACCUCAAGAAAAUUAAAUUCCUCAAGUCUCAACUCUUACAGCAAGAACCAAUGAUUGGUGUAUUUUAACGUGUUGUUGGGAAGUAUUUCCUGCUCUGUGAAUGUUUGGUUAUCAAAAUCCUUUACUUUUGGUGUAUUCAUCCAAUUAUAUUGCAUGCAAAUAAAAAGAAGUAAAAA